AUGGAUAAAUUAACAGUAAUCUCAGGGACACUCUUCAUGGCUGCAGAUGUGUUUGCUAUUGUUAGUUUAGCAAUGCCAGAUUGGAUAAUUACUGAUGUUGGAGGUGAUACAAGGCUGGGCUUAAUGUGGUCAUGUAUAACGCUGUACAAUCGUCCCCAAGUUUGCUUUACUCCAGAUCUUCAGCCCGAAUGGUUGUUGGCUUUAAUAUGCAUAUUUAUUGGAUGUAUAUGUAUUACAACUACUGUGAUUCUUUUAGCAUCAAGUCACUUUGAUAGGAAUGUUAUUCCUUAUGCUCGCUGGGUAGGGUUCGCUGCAAUGGUGGUAUUCUGCCUUGCUGCUGUUAUUUUCCCUAUGGGCUUUCAUGUAGAUGAGAUUGGCGGCCAACCGUACCAACUCCCUAACAGCCAUCAAGUGGGAAUAUCAUAUAUUUUAUUUGUAUUGUCUCUGUGGAUUACUGUGAUAUCUGAACUAUUUGCUGGAAAAGUCUGUUUACCACAUUUUUAA